AUGGCAUUCAUGCGGGAGUGCUGGCCAAGGAAACCGUUUCGUCGCCAAAGCUUUAGAUUGGUGGGUGAGACGCUUGAGCAGUCGCUUCAAAAAGUGCCCGGCCUCCUGGCCCCGAAUGCAGCACCAAGUGAUGUGUUAGCCGGGUCUUUGCAGCGCGUCAUCGACGAGGAGCCUCCUCUCCAACCAUCGCACCUUUUUCGGCAUCACUCCUCCCCGGCUGAACUGGCAUCUCUGGCUUCUGGACAGGCGCUGCACAAGCAGCCGACUCCGGAACACAAGGCAUGGCUCGUUUUCCUUUUCGUUCUGCUCGAUGCAUCGAAGAGCAUUGCCGUCAGUCAUGCUGCAGUUCACGGCCGGAUGUGUGCGCCCUUGGUCAUCGCGUGGAAGAAUGCACUGUCAAUAGGUCUGGGCCUGGCGUUGGCAUUGGGUCGCGACGGCCUUCCCGGUUUCCGAAACUGCUUGGCUAUGCGCCGAGGAUUUCAGGUGUUACCCAUUGCUGCGGCUUUUGGCUUCGCUCAGCUGUGCGCCAUGAAGGCGCUUCGGUUUUACGAUGCUGGCAGUCUGAAGGUGAUCGCGCAGGUCAACCUCCCAUUAACAGCAUUGCUUUCGUGGCUGCUUCUCGAUCGGCGCUAUUCCGCACAGAAGUGGCUAGCAGUGGGCCUGAUGUUGGUUACCAAUGUGGCCUUCCUGCAGGUUCGGAUGCUUGUACUUCAACCGCCGAGCUGCAGAGAGGAGCUGUGCGAUGACUCGCCAUUCAGGAUCGCACCCAAAGUGUUGGGCAUGUUCUACUUCUUGCUUGGAAUCGCUGUUUCCUGCUCUGCUUCGAUCUUCGCAGAAAAAUUCUUGAAGAAGUGGCCUGAAGAGCCGUUCUACAUUCUGAAGACGAACCUCAUGAUAGGGGAACUCAUCCUAGCAGUGCUGGGUGUCAUCAACAAUUUCAAAGAGGACAGUGCAGACGAAAGCAACGAUUCCUGCUCCUGGGACCAGUUCCACGACUGGAGGAGACAACUGCCGGUUGUCCUCGUGUGGCUUCUUCACGGCUGGAUUGCUGGCCUUUUGGUCAAGCGAUGUUCAGCGUUGGUGAAGAAUGUGUCACACAUUCUGUCUACUCUUGCAACGUAUGGGUACGCUCUGCUUACGCAUGCGCUGCCCUUCUCGUGGCCAGUAACACAGGCCGGCGUGCUGGUGCUUUUGGCAGUGCUGAACUUCGCAUCAACUAGCGACCAGCGCAGCCACAAGGAGUCCAGGCGCAAGCGGGCCGAAUCCCCAGCCAGUGGACUUGGAGACGCAGAAGACGACAUGUUCAAUCUGCUUGAGCAAAGUUGGGCAUUUCAGCUGAGCUGCGAAGCGCAGGCAAUCUGCCUUUUCAAGACCGGUGGACAGCUUGUGCCAGCUUUGGCUACCACCGGGAUCGAGGCUGUGCAGACUGCAGAUUUUAUUAUGCUUUUGCUCUCCUGGCAUCUUUGGCUUUUGGCACUGAUUUGGCUGGUGGCUUUCGCCGAGCUUGCUCCUGUCAAGCAAAGUUGGUCUGCUGGCUUGGAAAGCAGCCCUGUCGUCCUCUUUAGCUGCGGACAGCUUUGCGGGUCCCUCUCCAGAUUGACGCCAAACGGCGAGUGGCCUGCCUGGCGGAAGCCCUGGUACCUGGCAUGGGUCGUGGUGCUGGGCGUCAUGGCCGUCAGCUGCGUGCAGAACUCCGCGCUUGUGUCGGGCGGACUUUGUGGGCUGCUGGGCGCGGCGAUGGCCUGGGCGUGUCCUGCAGGGGCAGGAUCUGCCCUGCAACCCAAGGCGCCUUGUGACGCUUCCCUCGGACGCGGGCUCGUCAUGAUAGAUGGGCUGACUGGUCUUUUGCUGGCUGCGCGGCAGAUAAGCACUGUGCUAUGGCAGUCUGGACCGGAUGUGCUCGCGGCCUCCAUCACGGCAUUGCCAUUGCUGAUGUUGUCAGUGGCGCUGGUGUUCUCGUCUUCCGACAGUUCUUCGCUGCUGGUGUCUGUGCCGUCGGCCAUGUCGCACCUGGCAGCAGCCGCCGCCUAUUCUGUGUUGUCCACGAACGAUUGGGCAGCCGUAGCCAUUCUAGCGCUUGCCUUGAUGGCUCAUUUGGCCCUGUACUUGCCACUCCCUAUCAAUGAUCCUGAGAGCAACCCCUUCUACACAUCUCUGCGACGGGUGCGACAUCAAUUUGCGCGCUUUCUGGCACAACCCGUCUCUGGUUUCGGCCCUGGCCUUACGAAGUGUGUCGCCGAUGGCUCAGUGGGGCUUAGGUUGCCAGGUAUUUUUAGCGGCCACAGUUUUUUCAGAUUCUCCGCAGGAGACGAAGGCUCCUGA